UCUUUUAACUAGUACUACUAUUACAAGCUCCACACAUUUCUUCUAUUUCAUCACACAAUGGGAUACUCUUGUUUCACACUACACCUCUUGUUGACCCUCUUCUUCUUCUCAUUCCGGCCGUCGUCAGCCGAUCUAAUUCACCAGACGUGCAAGACCACCAAGUACUAUGAUCUCUGCGUGGCGACGCUGAAAUCAGACUCCUCGAGCCCCAAGGCCGACGAUGCCAAGGCACUGGCCCUAAUAGCGGUGAGGGCUGCAACGGCCAAUGCUACCGCCACCAACGCCUACCUGUCGUCGCAGAUGCGGAGUGCAGCAGCGAACGACAUGAAGGCGGCGAUCAAGGAGUGCGCUGACAAGUAUGCAUUUGCUAGUGAGGCGCUCAAGAGCUCCUCUCAAGAUUUGAGCAACGAAAUGUAUGAUUAUGCGUACAUGCACGUGAUGGCGGCCGCGGACUACCCGAAUGGGUGCCGCAACGCCUUUAAAAGGGCGCCGGGGCUGCUCUAUCCGCCCGAGAUGGCUCUCCGGGAGAACGGCCUCAAGCGCAUCUGCGACGUCGUUUUAGGAAUCAUUGAUGCUCUUGCUUGAUUAGCUCCUACAAUGUCUGUGCUUUUUGUUGAAUGUUUCAAUGUUGAGAAUAAAGUCUCUGUGUUCAGGAAUUUUAAUUUCCAAAGCAGCAGAUCUGCUAGUUAAAUUAUGUAGUUUGACUGCUUUGAUUUA